CGUCAUGACAUAACGAUUUUGUUAACUUCCCGAUUGACUUUUUCUUCUGUUCACUACGUAAAGGGGAGUCGAGGUCCUCCUGGUGGCAGGGGAUAUCCGGGACCCACGGGCUCACCAGGACCAAAGGGGGCAAAAGGUGACCGAGGGUUCGUUGGCCAAACGGGAGCCAUUGGCCCGAAGGGAAUCAAGGGAGACAAUGGAGCACAAGGUAUCCAGGGGCCUCCCGGUCAGAAGGGGAUACAGGGACCACCGGGGAACAUGGGGCCGAAAGGAGGCUUGGGAGACCGCGGCACCAAGGGAGAUAUUGGACUGAUAGGUCCGAAGGGCGAGCCUGGCAUCGUGGGAGCAAAGGGCGACAUGGGAGAAAAAGGAGCCCAGGGCGUGCCCGGACAGGACGGUCCAGUCGGCCCUCCUGGAGCGAAAGGUGACACCGGACCAAUCGGAGAACAAGGCCCUGUUGGGCCGCCAGGAGCAAAGGGUGAAGUUGGACCACAGGGCAUUAAAGGUCUGAAAGGGGAUAUAGGUGCGGGACCUGUUAUCAUCUUCUACCCCAUAUCUCUGAUUGGAGGACCGGGGUCCACCGAUGGGAAUACAGACACUGGUCAGCCAGGUCAGCUGCCACCCCGAUCCCUGACUGUGGUCCUCAUCACCAUUCACAGUCAGACACAAGACUACCCACAAUGCCUGCCUGGACUCAACCCGCUCCUCCAGGGCUUCAGUCUGGUGCAACUGGGCGGAACCGGUAUCACCGGGGGACAGGACCUCGGUUCUCUCGGUUCCUGCCUGACUCGGUUCAGUACCCACCCCUUCAUGCAGUGUCAGGACGGGAACCUGUGUAACGACGAGUCCGCACAGGAGACAACCCUCUGGCUUGCCGCAGAAAACGGGCUGCCUCCCUUGGUGGCGGGCCAGUCCGCUCCCAGUGAGGAGGCUGUGAUGUCUGCCCUGAGCCGCUGUGUGGUGUGCAGCACUCACGUGCCGGUACAGCAGCACGCCAUCCACAGUCAGACCAGCGCCAUCCCCGACUGUAGCCUCGGGUGGACCAGUCUGUGGACCGGCUACAGCUUCGUUCCGCACACCUCCCAGGCAGGUGCCGGCGGUGCGUCAUCAGCAGCUCGGGGAGCUGCCUGCAGUCCUACCGGGAACACCCGCUCAUCGGCUGUAACAGCAGCACGGGGAUCUGUGAGGAGCCGCAGGACCAGUCGUCAGUCUGGCUGCAGGUGGCUCCUGGUGCGGGCGGCUCCGCGGUGACCACCACUGCACCAGCCGGAGUCAGCCGCUGUAGGGUCUGUCAGUUCAACGGGAACUGAAGGAAACACAAUUGUCACUGUUCCGGAUCAAAAUUUAAGUGUAGGAAAUGCCAACACAAAACAUUGUACCUAACCAAAGUCAAGGAAAGAAUAAUGUACUGUAUUAGUGACUUCAAGUUAUGCAAAUAGAUUCCAUGACUUGGUGAGCAGAGGAUUACAAUGCGUAGAAAGUCCGUGUCAUCCUAGCCUACAUAGCAGGCUCUGUAGGGCCUUUUUUGGCUCAUAAUACACUUUUGCUGGUCUAUUCUUUUUGUACUGGGUCGCUGAUUGCUGGC